GUGAUGGAUCCUGGUCUCGGUUGAACCAGAGACUACGGCAGUCGUUGCAAGCGAUCAGAAAUCAGAACAUUUCCUGCCAUAUCAAGCUGUGAGCGCCGGCGAUAUUAGAGUAGGAUUGUGCGAUUCCACUUCUCCAUUUGUACGUCGUUCGGCCUUCGUAUGCUGCGGUUUGCUUUUCGUCGUGGCCAUUUCUUCGUUGCUGCUUCGGCUUCGCGUGUUUCGCUUUGAACGAGUGGCUAAAGAAGCUGCUGCGCCUCCUUCGACGACGUCGGAUUGGAAGUCAAAACGGGAUUCGCUCGCUGCGAAGAACCCGUUAGCUCCAUCGUUGUGUGCUGGUAUAGCAUCAAGUCCCCUGAACUCAUUCUGCGACUAUGAAUUACCUUAUUGGAGCAUUCAAGUCCCCAUGCAACAUUAAGAUUACGUUUUCUGAUUCCAAAACACGAAAGCAGGUUUCAAUAAAAAAGGAAAAUGGCCAGACAACGAUGGUUCCUCUCUUCCAAAGUCAAGAAACAAUAGCGGGAGAGGUAUCCAUUGAACCUUUUCAUGGAAAAAAGGUUGAGCAUAUUGGUGUUAAGGUUGAGCUUCUUGGUCAGAUAGAGUUGUAUUUUGACAGAGGCAACUUUUACGACUUCACUUCUCUUGUGCGUGAAUUAGAUGUUCCUGGUGAGAUAUACGAAAGAAAAGCAUACCCGUUUGAGUUCUCUACUGUUGAAAUGCCUUAUGAGUCAUACAAUGGGGUUAAUGUGAGAUUAAGGUACAUUUUGAAGGUAACAAUCAGUCGUAAUUAUGUUAGCAAUAUAGUGGAGUACCAGGAGUUUUGUGUGCGCAAUUAUUCAGCCCCUCCUACAAUCAACAACAGCAUCAAGAUGGAAGUUGGAAUUGAAGAUUGUUUGCACAUUGAAUUUGAGUACAAUAAAAGCAAGUAUCAUUUGAAAGAUGUCAUUAUUGGCAAAAUAUAUUUUCUUCUGGUGAGAAUCAAGAUAAAAAAUAUGGAACUUGAGAUUAGACGUCGGGAAUCAACUGGAUCCGGGCCGAAUACAUAUGUGGAGACUGAAACCCUUGCAAAAUUUGAAUUGAUGGAUGGAGCGCCUGUAAGAGGGGAAUCCAUACCUAUCAGAUUGUUCUUGAGCCCAUAUGAGUUGACACCAACCUAUCGCAACAUUAACAACAAAUACAGUGUGAAGUAUUAUCUGAAUCUUGUUCUUGUUGAUGAGGAAGAUCGCCGAUAUUUCAAGCAACAGGAGAUCACUGUGUUUCGUCUCCUUGAGUAACGACUUGGUUUUUUUGCCUGUUCUAUUCUGUGCAGAGCUUUCUCUCAUUCUAAUGGCAUAUUAAGAUCAGCUUAAUUAUGUUUGAAAUGCUUAAUUACUUGUUUGCAAUUAGCUUUUACUUCUUUCUAAUGAAUUUUUUUAAGAUGUAAAGUUCAAACCCUGUAUUCAACCAAGCUUGUUGAGAACUGUGUCAUGUAAAUUGUUAGUUCAUCAAAAAUUUUUUUCUGAUAUUCUAUAUUGCA